CGUUCUUACUCGGCUUCCAUUUUGUUCCUUACUUUUUCUUCCGUGAAACAUUUGAGGACUGAUUGCCGUUGUGGAUAUUAAUCGAGUCUGAUCUAUCAAUCCGUUUGGGAUAUCGAGCGGAGUCCGGACUGCGUUUUAUUCGGAGUGGAGCGGGACAGUGGAGCUGGAUUCGAGCGGCUGAAGCGGUUGGUCAUGUCUGAGGUCCGCCGGGCCGGUCCGCUGCGCAGGUUUGGAACGCGCGCCAUUUUGUAAAAUUUACACAAAAAAGGAAGAAGUAGCUGGAUGAUGAUGAGAUCUCCCCCAAGAGACGCAGCCAGCUCGCCGUCGGUUAAUAUGUUAUUUUCGGUAAUUAUGAGUUUUAAAUCCGUGUGUCUUGUAAGAUUAUUACGCGACGCGCGUCACUGACAGCCAAUGCCUUCUCGGCGAGGGUCAAAAUGUAGCUGUAUUUCUGAUCGGAUAAGUUUGUGUUGACGGAGCGGCGCUGUUGAUUUGGAAAAGGAGUUGACACAAAGUCAGACGACUCAGGGCUGAAGCUUCAUCGAACAAUUAAUAUACAGGAUUUGGUAAAGAAGAUAUCAGCGGGGAUCGGAUUUUAAACGUAUAAGGAUAUUUUUUUUUUCCUCUCCUCUACAGAGGGACACGUAGCAACAAGAUCCACACCAAUGAUCGUGCAAGUUGAAGAGAAAUCCGAACAUCGACCGUUGAAAGACCCUGCUGAAGCACCAGGGCUUUUCUCCCAUAGAUACAACUUCAAAGUUGGUUCAGUGAGCUGUGGUUUGCAGAUGGACUCCUCUGCCAGGAUGAUAUGAGAUUUGCCAGAGGACGAUGCAUACAGGAGGAGAGACCUCAGCAUGCAAACCCUCGUCUGUCCGGCUUGCUCCCUCGUUUUCGUUCAAUGCGGCAGAUGUGCAGAUGGCUGCGCAGACGCCCCAUUCUCACCCGCCAUUCAGUGACGGCCACCAGGCAAGCGCUGACGCGCCAGCCCCCGUGCUGCCCUACGGCUCACAGGCCCCGCAGCUCAACACCACCCAGGUGACUGCUGAUGUGGUGAUGUUACAAAGGCGGAUCCCCCAGUGUUUUCGGGAUCCGGCCACAGCCCCCUUAAGAAAGCUCUCCAUUGAAUUGAUCAAAACUUACAAACACAUCAAUGAGGUUUACUAUGCAAAAAAGAAGCGGCGGCACCAACAGGGCCAAGGGGAAGACUCUAGUAAUAAGAAGGAGAGGAAAAUCUAUAAUGAUGGUUAUGACGACGACAACUUCGACUACAUCGUUAAAAACGGCGAGAAAUGGUUGGAUCGCUAUGAAAUCGAUUCAUUAAUAGGCAAAGGCUCCUUUGGACAGGUUGUGAAGGCCUAUGACCGCUUGGAGCAGGAGUGGGUUGCCAUUAAGAUCAUAAAGAAUAAAAAGGCUUUCCUGAACCAAGCACAGAUCGAAGUACGGCUCCUGGAGCUCAUGAACAAGCAUGAUACAGAGAUGAAGUACUACAUAGUUCACCUAAAGCGGCACUUCAUGUUUCGGAACCACCUCUGUCUGGUGUUCGAGAUGCUGUCCUACAACCUGUAUGACCUGCUUCGUAACACAAAUUUCCGUGGUGUAUCGCUGAACCUGACGCGGAAGUUUGCACAGCAGCUGUGCACGGCACUGCUCUUCUUGGCCACGCCUGAGCUCAGCAUCAUCCACUGUGACCUCAAGCCUGAGAACAUCCUGCUCUGCAACCCCAAGCGAUCAGCGAUCAAGAUCGUCGACUUCGGCAGCUCCUGCCAACUAGGACAACGGAUAUAUCAGUAUAUUCAGAGCCGCUUCUACCGCUCCCCUGAGGUGUUGCUGGGCAUGCCGUAUGACCUGGCUAUAGAUAUGUGGUCACUGGGCUGCAUUCUGGUGGAGAUGCACACCGGAGAGCCUCUGUUCAGCGGAGCCAAUGAGGUGGAUCAAAUGAAUAAAAUAGUGGAAGUGUUGGGGGUCCCUCCCAGUCAUAUACUGGACCAGGCACCAAAAGCAAGGAAGUUCUUUGAGAAGAUGUCUGAUAGCACGUGGUGCGCAAAGAAGACCAAAGAUGGAAAAAGGUAUAAGCUGGCAGGCUCACGUAAACUGCACAAUAUUCUGGGUGUGGAGGCCGGGGGCCCAGGCGGCCGGAGAGCAGGCGAGUCAGGCCAUGCUGUUGCCGACUAUCUGAAAUUCAAGGACCUGAUCUUGCGGAUGCUGGACUAUGACCCGAAGAGUCGCAUCCAGCCGUACUAUGCGCUGCAGCACAGCUUCUUCAAGAAGACAGCCGACGAGGGCACCAACACCAGCAGCAGCGUGUCCACAAGCCCGGCACUGGAGCAGUCUCAAUCCUCUGGAACCACGUCCAGCACCUCCUCCAGCUCAGGAGGUUCUUCUGGAACGAGCACCAGUGGGCGUGCCCGCUCUGAUCCCACCCAUCAGCAUCGACUCAGCGGAGGCCAUUUUAGUGCUGCAGUAGGCAUGGACUGCCACAACCUCUGCCCUCAGGCAAGGCAGGCGUUCGGGCCCUCCCUGGGUUGGGUGGGUGGAGAGGGGCUCCAGCAGGCUGCUGGAGAGACUCAUCCUGUCCAAGAGACCACGUUCCACUUGCCUCCCCACCAGCCCAAACCCCUCCACCCACAUGGCUCUCAUCACCAUCACCACCAUCCCCAUGCCCAUCAUGGUCAGCACGGGCAAGGCCCGGCACGCCCACGUCCUCGCAUCUACUCGCCCUCACACAGCGGUGCCUCCACGCAGGACUCCAUGGAGGUGUCGCAUGGUCACCUGUCCAUGACCUCGCUGUCUUCCUCGGCCUCGUCCUCAUCUACGUCCUCGUCGUCUACAGGCAACCACCACCACCAUCACCCCCAUCAGGCCUAUCAGAGUCGCCCGCUGCCACUGGGCCUAGGCUAUGGGCACGCCUUUUCCAACCCACGCCAGGAAACGGGCACGGCCGGACACGCCGCAUACCCACUCUCUACGAACUCGGGCUACAUAGCCGAGACUCAUAUGGGCCUGCGCCAGGGCCUGGACCGUGAGGACUCACCCAUGGCUGGUGUAUGCGUGCAGCAGAGCUCAGUGGCCAGCUCCUGACUACGCUGAGAGGACCGCUCCCCCCCUCCCCUCCCCUCCCCCUGUGUGUGUGGUUUUUUUUGUUUGUUUGUUUAUUUGUUUUUUUUAAACACUGAUGUGUGUUGUUUUGUCCCCCCCCCUCCCCGAAAAAGUGCAUAGAGAUUAAAAAGCUGCUGUAAAAGAGAAGGGAGAUGACAACUGAUGCCGCAUGUGCGCUCAAUACUCCUCUCUGCUCACUUGCUGGAGGCCUCUGUUUCAGUCAAUUACUGUUUUUGUUUGGUUUUUGUUGGCUUGGAACUUUUUUUUUUUUUUUUCAACUGAAUUUUAUUAUUAAAAAUAAUAUCACAUUUAUUCCUUUUCACUCAGCUCUUUUUAAAUUGAGUAUUAACAUGUGCACCUUCCUGGCAGCCAUGAAAUUAGGUUUCCAUUUAAGGUCUGGGAGAAGGUCCAGUGGUCUUGGAGAUGGACGUUUCUCUGGCAGAAAUGCAGCGGGUUUUAAAAACAACAAAAAAACAACUUCACUAACGGUUAUGCUUUCUACUGCCUUUUUUUUUCUUCCUUCCUCUCUUCUCCCCCUACAGGCUUGCUUGUUGGAUGUUGGGUGCCGCCCUCUUCUCCCCUCCCAUGUGCAAUUAUCUGAUUUUGAGUUAAGCAGAGCAGCAGAACUAGAGAGAGCAGGCAUGCUGUGUAGAGGGUGCAGUCUUGCAAGUGUCUCCUUUAAAAGGCAGAGUGUGGGGUGUCUCUCCCAUAGAGGGUGCAGUUUUGUGGCUCGCUGCUGGGGUGUGUGUGUGUGUGUGUCCCAGAACAGCAGUGUUUUGCUGGUGUUUCUGUUUGGUGGUGAGCUCUAGAGUGGGCAGUGGAGCGGGCAGGAGCCUGGUACCGGGCAGCGGUGGACAGCAUGUUUGAAAAAUGGCCUUAUCACGCACUGAAUGAAGAGAAGCUGGACAUUUACCCUUAAACUGGGGGAAAAUAGCUUUCCUGUAUUUUUUAAAAAUCUGGAAUACACUUAAGUCUUGACACACGAUAAAUAGGAAACAGUAUACGAGUGGUUCUUUGAGGCCUUCCUUAUCUAGAAGUCUACUAUUUGUGAGUCGUCUUUUUUUAUUUUUUUUAUUUUUUUAUUUUUUUUCCUGGCCUUGUGAAUUCACAGAAGUAGUAUUGCAAGUUGAAUGGAAACAGCUACUACCGUGUCACUUACUGCUUUUUAUUCCCCCCCCCCCCCCUUCUCCUUUCUUUUUCUUUGCUUCAUUUUUCUUUUAUUUUUCAGCAUGUAACUUACUUUGAAGCCUCUGCACAUUUUUCUUUCACCCCGGAAAUCUUAACAUGCAGACGUUUGUGUGACUGCUUAUUUUGCCUCACAAUUAUGCUGUGAAUUUUAGGAGAGUUUAUUUUCCCUUUUGAUAAUUUAUUGUACCAAAGCAGUUUUUUUAUAGCACAUAGAUGUCUGUAACCAAUAAUGUAGCAGUUGUGCACUUUGAAACAAGGUGUAUCAGUUUUUUUGUUUUGUUUUUUUUAAAUGUCAGUAAAAUGGCUGUAUCUAUUGCUUUAUUGAAACUGGAACUGUUGUUAAUGCAGCAUAUUUACUGAGAGCUGGAUCCAGAACAGUAUCCUUUUUUUUUUUUUUUUUAAAUUAAAUCCCCCUUUUGAAACAGGAAAAUGGCAUAAAACAACUGAAACACAACUCUUGUGUUGUAGAUUUUAGUUCUGCUUCAUUCUGCGAGGUGGAGGGAGGGUCGAUGCCCAUGCCGUUGGCUGCUCUGCGGGUUCCAGAGCUCCAGGGUGGCCACUGAGCAACUUGACAUGAGGACAAGGAGAAGCGGUGCGCUGCGUAAUCCAGUUUAGACGCCCAUUUCUGAGGUGCCUCGUUAUCUGGGUUCCACUGCCUUAAGUGUACAGCACCGUGCUCUCAUGAACAAACCGUGCAGAAAGUGCACCAAGCAAAAUGCGCAGCCCCUGCCUGCUCAGCAAGCGAUGCGUGAGUUCACAGCCAACCUUCAGAAGCUCCGAUGAAAGUUUUUCCAGAUCGGGCUCUUGGUGGCUCAGGAGUUGGGCUUGAUUGUGUGUGAGCACAGCCUGGUCUACUAAAGUCGUCUCCCUAUCGCUCUUUUUCUUUUUCACACUUUUAGCUGAAGGUAUCUUCAUAUCCCGUCCUGCUUUCUCUCUCGCUCUCUCUCUCUCCCCACUUGAGUGUGAUUGAUGCCUAUAAAUACAAGGUAAAUGGUCCUAUAGGGUUCUUGUUCUUGGCCAGCAGCAAAGGACAGCUAAUGGGAGGAGUCCAUGAAAAACCCAGGCUUCAGGUGUUUACUUUGUGACCCCAUUUUAAUAGCUGAAAUAGAAUUUAUGUACAUAUUUAUAUUUUUUUAAAUAAAGGAAGUUUAGAACUCACUACUUUUUUCCUAAUGGUAUUUUGAGUACAUUUAAGUCAGCUUGGUGACCAUGCAGUGGAACUCUGUGGUAGUCAAAUGGGUAUCAGUGCUUCCAGCCCAAAGUAGUUGACAAUGCCAGUACAAAUGCAAAGCUCUAGGGUUUAAAUCUAACAGGAGAGUAGAUCUUAAUACCUUAAAUAUAAUAGACAGGGUAUAGUGUGUGGAUGUGUGUCUACAAAUCUGAAUGACGGCAGUGUUUUCAUAUAAUCAUAUACAUAAGAGAUUAUGUAUGCCUAGUACAGGAGAUAUUUUUGUUGUGUUAAUUUGGCACACGCUUCAGUAAAUGGGUCCAUGUGAAAAACUGAAUGUAGGCUAUUGCUGGAGGUGCAUGUAGCAAAGUGCACAGUGGGUUUUUUUUUUGUUGUUGUUUGUUUUUGUUUUUUUGUUUUGUUUUGUCCCCCCCUCCCCCAAACAGUCCGAACCGCGCAUCCGCAAUUAAACAUCGGCUCUUCACUCCGAGUCCCAUAACUGCGACUAUCCCAGGACGAGCGCAAAGCCCCACUGCGGCUUUCCCCUCCCUGCCCCGAUCCCCCGGCCCCCAGGCCUCCAUGCCCACUUUAGAGUCUCCACUUCUUCUUCUUCUCCUCCCUUUGGUUCCAGGACAUCUGGUGUGCACUGCAGAGCUGAACAGCAUGACAGAAGGAUAAGUACCUUUUAUCCACAGAUUGUACGAUCAGGACUUUCUGUGUAAAGUAAAAUGUUACUGAGAGGCAAAAAUGGACAAACCCUUUGUACUAUAUUCAAGCGGUCUUAUGUAUGACAUAAAAAAGUUGCUUAACUUUU